AUGCCCGUCGACGGCACCACCGAGGAGGCGCGUUCUGUUGCUAACCGAGCCAUUGAACUCGAGCGCAACAAGAGGUUUUUCGAAGCAUUUCGUGCGUAUGUGUCUGCAACGCAGCUCUUCUUAGAAGCUGCACGUGCAUCGCCAGAAACGUUGGGGUCAGACGCACGCCGCAUGGCGUCGCGAUGCUUGGAACGUGCUGAGCGCCUACGUGAGUCACACAAGCUCGCAAAUGACCCUUGCGAUACAUGGGAGGUAUGGACGCAAGACCCUAGCUUGUCUGAUUUUGCACGAAUCGAUCUGCAUGUUGAAGCGUCCCCAGCGCUUUCGCCUCUUCAAAUUCAGCAAGGCGCCAAGUUGCGUCAGGCCAGUCCUGCGAUCCCAAUCAUGUGUCGUGAUGUUGUUCUGCGCGCGGGUGACAUAGAACAGGGGUCUGUGUCGGACUGUUCGCUUAUUACGGCUAUCGAGAUAGCCACGGAGCACAACGCUCGAUGGCAUACUAGAUUGGCAUUCGAAGCGCUGUUUCCACAGCUCGACAGCAUGCCAUGUCGAAGCCCCACUGGCGUGUACAUGGUCAAACUGUAUUUGCACGGUCAGGCUAGGUGUAUCACUAUCAAUGACGCACUGCCAUGCACACUCACAGGUGAGCUGCUUUGCUCCAAGCCGCGACACAACAUCCAAUUGUGGCCUGCGUUAUUAGAAAAGGCGUUUCUCGUCGCGAAACGCAGCAGCUACGCGUUCAACGGCUCUGAUGCUUGCAUGGAUCUUUACGCAUUGACAGGCUGGAUACCUGAACAUAUUCCAUUGCAUGAGGCAUCCUUUCAAUGUGAGAAGACUUGGACUCGUUUGUUUACGGCAUGGAAACAAGGAAGGUGUUUGUUAGCCCUUGGUACAGGCUCGUCACCAGAAACAAUGUCGGCACUUGUGCCGUUGCACUGUUACGGGAUUAUUGAGUUGCGUGAGCAUCAACACAAGCGCACCGUAUCGAUCGUCAAUCCAUGGAAAAGACACGAUGUACUGCAACAUGUCAAAGAUAUGGCAUGGGAAGAAGUAUGUUGUUAUUUCGAUACGUUGCUCGUCAAUUGGGACCCGGCAUUGUACCCGCACCAGCGGCAAGUCACUGGUAUGUGGGAUGCAACUUCGGAUUCUGCUGUGCGUCUAGAUGAAUUUCGUGCUGCACAGACAGAUCAAUACCAUAUAUCUGUGUCGCAAGAAAUGAGUACACCUAUUUUAUUGCACCUGGAACGCCAUGAUUUAUCAGGUACCUACGAGGAGCAAGAAUACAUGGCUCUACACGUAUUUCCUUGUAACAAGGCCCAACGACGUGCGCAGGUUGAGUUUGAUGGACUCAUGGGCAUGUACGUAAAUGUACCACAUUCUCUGCUCGCUCUACAUGCCUCAGGACCUAUGCAGUACACACUUGCCGUGUCCCGGCACGGUAGUGCUUUGUAUCCUAUGCCUUAUACUUUAACGGUGUACGCAACGAGUCUAGUUGAUCUGGCUGUGCUUCCGCCAACCAUGCCGAAUCGAUCUAUCGUACAUGGCUCAUGGCGCCCAAGCCCAAACCGAGGAGUGCCUGAGCUAUGGUACCAGCCUCAAUACCGACUCACUGUGCAUGAAGGCACUCUCCUACCACGUUUGGAGCUGGUUGUUAUGACGUCACUGUCGACUUGUGUCGCAGCGGUGCUUUUAACGUCGGGUAAACGAGUUUUGUGCUGGGAGGAGGCGUCUGUUGUAGCACACACCGGCACACUAAGCCGCGGCAUCGCCCGAUCCGACGUUCAAGUGCUUCAGCCUGGCGCCUAUACCCUUGUUCUUUUGACCAGUUGCUCACACGAUGAAACAGCCACUUCUUCUACGACUUCAGCAGCAGCCUCGUUCUCCGUCAUCGUCGAAAGCAAUGUGCGCGUGAGCGUUGAUAUUUUGCCUAUGUUGGGGGCGGGCAUGUACCGACGGUCUGCACAUGCGACAACUUUACCGCAUGCCUGGCAAGUGUAUGUGCCAAGGGCUAUGCCCUUGCUUAUAUGUGCUGUGACGGAUGCGCCUGAUCAUGCCAACGAGCCUGCUACAAUGACCAUUCGUUUAGAGAAACACUCGUCUUCGCUGUGCGAAGCAGAAUCCAAAAGCAGAACAAAUUAUGCUGUUCUACAUUCGCAAACCCUCGCACCUGACAUGUACACACUUUCUAUUGAUGGCAUAUUGAAAACACCUUUUUCCUCUCUGGAUGUAGAUGUGUUUGGCUCACAGCCCGUGUCACUAACAGAUUGUGACAUUGCUCCACAUAUACGAAUACACUCGUCAUCAUAA